GGGCAAUGGUGACCUUGGAGGAGAGGAGAGGGAGGGAGGGGAGGGAGGGAGGGAGGAGAGGAGGGAGAGAGGAGGAGGGAGGAGGGAGGGAGGGAGGGAGGGAGGGAGGAGGAGGAGGAGGGAGGGAGGAGGUAGAGAAAGGGAGGAGAGGAGGAGGAGGAGAGGAGGGAGGGAGGAGGAGGGAGAGGAGGAGAAGGAGGAGGAAUCAGGUAGAGGAAAGGGAGGGAGGGAUGUGGGACGAGAAUUCAGAGUAGGCCAAGGGGGAACGGGUAAAG